AUGAUUUCGUUGCUGUUGCUGACUCUCCUGCUUUCAUCGACAUAUGAUCAUCCAAAUGCAAGAACUGAAUAUUUGGUUCGGCUAAUUCAAGCGGAAACCGAACGGUCAAAGACGUAUCCUUUACCAGUUGAUUCCGGCGACUAUCGGCCGAGGACAGAGACUCAAUACGAGCUGGGAACAUUUGACCACAUCGUUAUAGGAGCAGGGUCAGCAGGUGCUAUCGUAGCCGCUAGGUUAUCGGAAGAUCAUGAAAAACAAGUACUGCUGCUGGAAGCUGGCGGCCAUGAGAACGACUUUACAGAUAUUCCAGGAAUGCGUUUGAUAUCAGAGGGCCUUCACUACAAUUGGAAUUACAAAAGUGUUGCGCAAAAUAAUUCCUGCCUUAUAAUGAACGGGUUCUGUGAUUAUCGAGCUGGACGAGGAUUGGGAGGUUCGACGGUAAUUAAUGGUUUGUUUUACUCCCGAGGUUGCAAAUCUGAUUAUGACAGUUGGGAUUCUUCAGAAGAAAGUAACUGGAAGUACGACAAAGUGCUGCCAUUUUUUAAAAGAUUGGAAAACUAUAAAAUUGAUGCAGAUAGCGGUUAUCAUGGUCACGAUGGCCCCAUGAAUGUGGACUAUGCAGAACCACUUGAUCCAAAAACAAGUACGUUUUUGGAUGGCAAUCGUGAAUUGGGCCAGGAAAUAGGCGAUUAUAACGGUGCAAACCCAUUGCGUGCAGGAAGAGUUCAAUAUAAUAUCAUCCGAGGACAGCGUUGCAGUACCGGACGGGCGUAUUUGAGGAAGAAAUAUCGGCCCAACCUGCAUAUUCUGCCUCACAGCUACGUAACGAAAAUAUUAAUCGACGCGGCAACUAAAAGGGCUUACGGGGUAGUCUUUGCGCGUCACCAAAGGUAUUUAGUAGCGAAAUCUCGAAAUGAAAUUGUACUUUCGGCUGGAGCGUAUCGUUCUCCACAGUUAUUGAUGCUAUCGGGAAUUGGACCUGCGGAUCAUCUCAUAAAUCUCGAAAUUCCCGUCAUUUGCGAUCUACCCGUUGGUAAAUUCUUUAAAGAUCAUUCGUCAUAUGCCGGAUUAAAUGUUCUUACAAAUCACUCGAAUGGACAGCGCGAACUGCGUUAUCACGUGGAAGAUUAUUUAAAGGGCAGAGGUGAACUUGUUGCAGGACCCGCUUUCGGCGCAACAUUUUUAAAGAGCAAUUUAUUCACAACUUCGAAAUGCUCUGACAUGGAAGUAACGAUGUAUAAGUACACUGAAGCUCUCAAUUUCUUUUAUAACGUCACGGAUAUUAGUAAGGCUGUUACAUUUUUCCCUAUUUUGUUGCACCCCAAGUCUUUCGGUACAGUUUCGUUACGAUCUUCAGAUCCAUUCCAAUACCCGUUAAUUAACCCAAACUUUUGGAGCGAUCCAGGACAACAAGACGUGAAAACGAUGCUCUACGGCAUUCGACACGUACUGAAAUUAAUAGAAACGAAGCCAUUCAAAGAAAUUAAUGCCACACUAAUGCCGAUCCAUCUACCGUCGUGUUCCAAUCACACUUACCUAUCUGACGAAUACUUUUAUUGCCACAUUAAGUACUUCAGUAUCACAUACACCCAUGCGAUUGGAACUUGUAAAAUGGGCUCAGAUCCUUCGAUGGGUGCCGUCGUCGACUACAACCUGAGAGUCCAUGGUGUUGAUAAUCUGAUGGUAGCUGAUGCCAGUGUUAUGCCGGACACUAUUUCCGGACACACAAGUGCACCGACAAUGAUGAUUGGCGAACGAGCAGCUGAUAUAAUCAAGAAGAAACUAGACCAAUUGUAAAUUGCCACUUUAUAACUUAGGAAAACCU